ACCUUCUUCUAAGUUCUCAUAAUAUAUUUAUACAGUAUCAAAUUUUAAUUCUCUUUUUUUUAAUUACUUUGCUAAUCAUACAAGUUCAGCAUCUCAAUCAACCAACAAAUCAGGCUUGACUUCACAAGACUCUUUUGCAUUCAGAAAAUCGUAACACCUCAUUCUUCAAUUCAAGUCAUUAACAGACUUUAUCACAAAAAUUAAUUUCAGAUUUUCACAAAUCAUAACAUUGCACCUCCCAUCAAUAAUGUUUAUCUUAUAAGGCUUCUUUUGCAUCCACAACACUGCAACCAGUAACCACCAUAUUUAUCUGUCAGAUAAAAUGUUCAAAUCAUGGAGCAAGAAAAACAAGAUCAAAGCUGUGUUCAAAUUGGAUUUUCAAGCAACCCAGGUUCCGAAGAUGAAAAAGUCUGCACUGAUGGUAUCUUUGGUACCAGAUGAUGUUGGGAAAACAACGGUGAAAUUAGAGAAAACUGCUGUACAAGAUGGGACUUGUUUAUGGGAGAAUCCAAUUUUUGAACCGGUUAAACUUGUUAGGGAUUCAAAAUCAGGGAUUCUCCAUGAGAAAAUCUACCACUUCAUUGUUUCAACUGGUUCUUCGAAAUCCGGCUAUUUGGGAGAAGCUUCUGUUGAUUUUGCCGAUUUUUUAGCAGAAACUGAGCCAGUUACUGUUUCUCUACCAUUGAAAUUUGCCAAUUCAGGCGUAGUUUUACAUGUAACUAUUCAGAAUGUUGAAGGAUAUGCUGCUGAAAGAAAUGGGGAAGAUAAUGGAGCUGCGGGACUUCAUAAUGAGGGAAGUUUGAGACAUCAAUUGAGCUAUGGCAGUACAGAAGAAAGUUACAAUCUUGAUGAUAAUGAGAACGUGGCCAAGAGUAGAUCUGAGUAUUCUGAACAGAAUGCAUCUAAUGGCAUCAGUCCUAAGGUAGCUUCAUGGGAUGAUCCUCAUAGCUUCAGACAGAACUCGAUGCCACCUAGAGGACCGGUUGACACCAACGCAACACAAAAUCAAGUGCAUAAGAGGUCAAAUACAGGAUGGUCGAUUGGUUCAGCAUCAGAUGGAAGUUUAGGUGACUGGACAAACAGCGCGGAAGAGAAUAUUCCAAGAGAAAGAUUGCAGGAGGCUUCCGGCAAUGCCGCUGAAGAUCUCAAAAGUGAAAUUGCUUCUCUGAAGAGGCAGGCAGAACUAUCGGAACUGGAGUUACAAGCGCUUCGGAAGCAGGUAGAAAAAGAAAGCAGUCGGGGGCAGAAUUUAUCGAGACAAAUCAACGGUCUCAGAGACGAGAGAGAUUCAUUGAAAACUAAAUAUGAGCAACUCAGGUCCCAACAGAACUUCAAUAGUGUUAACAAUGAGACCAAAACCUCUAAAACCUUGAAGUCUGAUGUUGAAAAUACUAGGAUUCAGUUAGAGGCAUUAAAGGAAGAGCUUGUUUAUGAAAAAGAAACGAGUGGAAAUCUUCAGUUGCAACUGCUGAAAACACAGAACUCAAAUUCUGAACUUCUUUUGGCUGUGACAGACCUUGAAGAAAUGCUAGAACAAAAGAACGAGGAAAUAUUGGAUCUAUCAUCCAAAAUGAAAUCUCAAAAGAUUGCUAAAGAGCGUGAUAUUGACACAGAAUUAGAUGUUUUGCGGCAGAAAGUUGCAGAACAGAAUAGUGAAAUAGAGAGUUGCGGUAAACAACGCGAGGAGCUAAGCACGCUUUUAAAAGAGCUCACAUUGGAGUAUGAUAUUCUUGAGAAUGAAAAUGAGGAUAUCUCUACAAGAUUAAAGCAAGAGGAAGCACAACGCAUCAUGUUAAAAAUUGAGCAUUCAGCUUCUUUAGUUACGAUACAACAACUUGAAUCCCAAGUAAAGAGACUCGAAGAAAAGAUAGAGAUGCAGGAAGAUGAAUUUUCAUCAUCUUUGGUCUCCAUCAAGGAACUUGAAAAUGAAGUUAAGUCUUUAGAGAAAGAACUGAGAAUUCAGGCAGAUAAAUACAAAGAAGAUCUCCAUGCCAUGCAAAGUGCGAUAACCGAGCAGGAAGAACGGGCCAUACAAGCAGAAGAAUCACUGAGAAAAACGAGACACAAUAAUGCUGUCGCAUCUGAACGUCUUCAGGAGGAAUAUAAAUCACUUUCUAUUGAAAUGGCAUGCAAAGUUGAAGAGAACGAGAAGAUGAUCGCGAAAGAAGUUGCAGAAGCUGAUGAAUUGCGGAACCACAACAAGCUUAUGGAAGAAACGCUCCAGAAAUGCAAUCAAGAGCUCAGGCUUAUUACAGAUCAACAUGAAUCGAAAGUGGAAGAGCUCUUGAAACAAAUAAUUUCUAAAGAAAAAACAAUAGAACAGAUGUCACGAGAGCUAGAAGUAAAGACUAAAGAACUCGAGGAUGCACAAAGGCUCAGGGAUGAAAAGGAUGCUACAUUUUCAAAGAAAAUUGAAAUGCUUGAAAUCCAGCAUAAUGAAAUAAAACACAGUUUGCAGAGAGAACAAGUGGACAAAGAAAAUAUGAAGAAACAUGUAUCUCAGUUAGAAGGAGAGCUUAAGAAGAAAGAAGCAGAACUAAGUGCUAUGGAAAAGAAGCUCAAGAAUAACAAAGGACGAGGUGCAGCAUUACAUAUGAAUUUGAUUUCAAGAGAAAAUGAGGCUGCUAAGGGUAAUGUUAAGAAGUCAAAAUCAGAAAUGCAUAAGGGAAAUGAUGCUGUAAACACUUCUAUUAGCAAGUCCGAAGAAAGUGAUGCUGAACGCCUUUCAAAGGAAUUAUUGAAAGAAGUGGAAAUUCUAAAGGGAAAGAACACAACUAUGGAAACUGAACUGAAAGAAAUGGAAGAAAGAUAUUCAGAGAUUAGUCUGAAAUUUGCAGAGGUAGAGGGAGAAAGACAACAACUUGUUAUGGCUGUACGGAAUCUCAAGAAUGGUAAGAAGAUCUAGAAAUCUUUACAGGUGUUGUGUUUCAUACGAGGGGGUUACAAAGGAAGCAGGAUAUGAUCAUAAUUACCAGAACGAUGGAACCAUAUUUAACCUCUAUUUUUUGCACUUCUGUUGUGACCUAUGUAUCCUGUACAUCAACUAACCGUUUUACUACUGGGCUGCACAGUCCAAUAUUUAUGCUCGAACGAUGCAUUCGCGAGGUAACUAGAGAUCUCUGAAACACGGGAACUCCAAAAUUCAUGCCGUAUAAAUUGAUGUCAGAGUCUCAUAUACAUAUAGGCCACAUGUAGAAUUUGGUUUAUCAUCAGUUUGACAUUCUUUGUAUGCAAUGUAAACAUAAAUGAGACCUGUGAUUGAGAAUGUGGACAGAAUAAAAAGAAAGAAAAACAGACUAUGUAGUCUGGAAAUAUACAAAUAAUGUUCAAUUUUGUGUUUCUAAUAAAAAUAUUUCGUACUAAAUAGAAA